UGACAGCCCAGCGGCGGGAGGAGCCCCUCUGCCCUGGGAGCCGGACGGGCCGCGCCUCCCCGCCGGUGACCGGUCCGGUGCGCUGGCCCAUGCUGGUCCCCGCCUUUGUUCUCGGGCCGGAGCGGAGACAUGCGCGGCUGACGAUGGAAGUAGAGGACUCGGGCGGCGUGGUGCUGACCGCCUACCACUCGUACGCGCGCCCCCAGCCGCCCAGCUCCGAGCCGCGCUGCGCGCCCCGGGCCGCCGCCAGCCACCCAGGCAGCAGAAAAUCCAUUUCUCGCUGCCGAAGAAUUAGCAGGAUGCUCUCCAAUGAAUCCUUACAAUCCCCGGCAUUCAGCCGCUCCAACUCUCAAGCCUCCAUAGACAGCGCCUCCAUGGAGGAUUUCUGGCGGGAAAUAGAAAGUAUCAAAGAGAACAGCCUGGGAGUUCAGGAAGAGCAGACGCCAGCUGAGGCCAAGCCCCUGGAUGAAGGAGAACUUGAAGCAGAGUGGUUGCAAGAUGUAGGUUUAUCAACCCUGAUCUCGGGUAAUGAAGAGGAGGGUGGCAAAGCCUUGCUCUCGACUUUGACUCGAACCCAAGCAGCUGCAGUGAAGAAGAGAUAUAAUACUUACACUCAAACCAUGAGAAAAAAGAACAAGCAAUCCAUCAGGGAUGUCAGAGACAUCUUUGGAGUCAGCGAAUCUCCUCCAGAUGAUUUUUGUUGUAUCCCAGCUCCUCUUUUGGAUGUGAACCCAGAUGAAGAAGGGAUGCCAGCAGUUCCCUGCAGAAAUGGUCAACUGCCAGGCGAUACCUGUGACAACCAUCCUAGUCAGUUGGACGACACCCAGGAGGAAAAAGAGCUGCCGGGAGUUAUCAAAACAAGUGGUUCCUUGCCAGAUGAUGCGUCUUUCAACAUUACUACCCUGUCAGAUGGGUCCCAAGAUGAAGAAGGGAGUUUUGCAGUUCCCAGGAGUGGCUCCAUGUCUAUCCUGGAGACUAUUCCAGAUGCGCCAGCUCAUUCCAAUGGCUCAGCAGACCCUGGACAGUCGGUGCAGAAGGCAGUGAGUGAUGAUGAAUAUCUGGAAAAGGACAUUCCACUACAAGCUGAAGAGCUGUCCUUUGAAGAAUCUUAUUCAGAAAUGGUUACAGAGGCUCCAAAAAGAAAUAAAUUGAAGAAGUCAGAUUUUAAGAAAGAAGACUAUGUUUUACCUAAAUUUAUUGUUCAGAAAACCAGAUUUGGCCUAACUGAAGCAGGAGAUCUGUCUGCUGACGACAUGAAGAAAAUCCGCCAUCUCUCUCUGAUUGAAUUGACGGCCUUUUUUGAUGCCUUUCGUAUUCAACUAAAAAGAAACAAAACGGAGAAAGUAAAAGGACGAGACAGUGGGAUUUUUGGAGUUCCUCUUACAGUCCUGCUGGAAAAUGACCGAAGGAAAGAUGCUGGAGUGAAAGUUCCCCUUGUGUUACAAAAAUUCUUUCAGAAAGUUGAAGAAUCGGGUCUGGAAUCUGAAGGGAUUUUUCGACUUUCAGGAUGUACUGCCAAAGUCAAGCAAUACCGUGAAGAACUGGAUGCCAAGUUUAAUGCUGAUAAGUUUAAAUGGGAGAAAAUGUGCCACAGAGAAGCUGCAGUAAUGUUGAAAGCAUUUUUCAGAGAACUACCCACCUCUCUCUUCCCUGUGGAAUAUAUACCUGCUUUCAUCACUCUAAUGGAAAGAGGGCCUCACAUCAAAGUACAGUUUCAAGCCUUACACCUCAUGAUCAUGGCACUGCCUGAGGCCAACAGGGACACAGCCCAGGCCCUCAUGACAUUCUUCAAUAAAGUCAUUGCCAACGAAUCAAAAAACCGGAUGAGUAUAUGGAACAUUUCUACUAUAAUGGCACCAAAUCUUUUCUUCAGUAGAAGCAAACAUUCUGACUGUGAAGAAUUACUCUUAGCAAACACCGCUGCCCACAUCAUCCGCUUGAUGCUAAAGUACCAGGAGAUGUUGUGGAAGGUUCCAUCUUUCUUAAUCGCUCAAGUCAGAAGAAUGAAUGAAGCCACGAUGUUGUUAAAGAAACAGCUUCCAAGUGUCAAAAAGCUGCUAAGGAGGAAGACCAUAGAACGAGGGGUUAUAAGCCCCAAGACUUCAAAGGUACUACAAAAAUCACCCUCUACAAGAAGAAUGUCUGACGUGCCGGAGGGAGUCAUAAGGAUCCAUGCGCCCCUUCUCUCCAAGGUGUCCAUGGCCAUUCAACUCAACAGUCAAACCAAAGCCAAAGACAUCUUGGCGAAAUUUCAAUAUGAGAACAGUCAUGGUUCAUCGGAAGGCAUUAAGAUCCAGAACCAAAGAUUAUAUGAAAUUGGAGGUAAUAUAGGACAGCACUGCUUGGAUCCAGAGGCUUAUAUAUUGGAUGUAUAUCAUGUAAAUCCCCAGGCAGAAUGGGUGAUUAAACCCCAAUCAAGUGUUUGAAAUACCCCCCAAGAUGGCAGCUAUCGUGCAUUACCUGCCAAGAAGUCCUACAUUUGGUAGGGAAAAAACAAGACUGCUUUUGACAUGUUUGUUCCUAGAACCCUCUUGGUGUUUCUCAGCCCAACUGGUGUCUCCCACUGGUGUCAACACGAAUUGUGGAAGAGGAACUGGUUGACCAUUUGAGCUGAAGCUUUCUCAUGAUGGUUCUUUGAUAAGAGUGAAGUAAAGAGGAUGUGAUCCUUCCAGAAGAAAGGCCAAUAUAGAAUAUGGAACUCUAAUCGUUUCUAAUACUUUGACUUCACAGCAGAAAUGAAUUUGGUCCUCUACCUGGGGAUAAGAAGCACUUCUUGAUGUAGCAAAUGCUACCAAACACAAGAGGUGGAAAAGACUUUUUUUUAUAUACUUAUGUUAUAUAUAUAGAGACAUUUUUGAAGGAUGCCAGAAAUAACAAAAAUUUCUGCUCUGAAAAAUAAUUUAGAUCUACUUACCAAAGAGAAUCAGUUUCCAGAGUCACACAAACAAUGUUUAUGCUCUGACUUGCUUCUGAAUUGGAGGAGGAGAACCUUCUAUUUAAAAACCACUGUGUUGUUAUGUAUGCUGUACUGUAUUGUGGCUGUCUGCAUUCUGGUGCAAAUGAACAUUUCCCUAUCUUGGGCUGUUGAAAACUGACAUUCUUAAAGCUUGUUCUCUUAUGAGCACAGGUCCCCAUAGUUAAGGUUAGGUUGAAAAGGGCUGUUCCUGUGCGUCCAUAACCUUUGGUGUAGUCAACGGUCACAGGGCCCCUAUUUCCUCAUCGUGAAUAUGGUGCUUAGUGAAUAGCUUUCCAUGUGCCAGGCACAGAUUUCCUUUCCUCAUCAAACAUAUCAUUUUUUAUAUUUCACAGCUGUAGAGAAUCACUUCUGCAGCCCCAGUUUUAAACUGCAGAACUGCCUUUGUCCAACUGCUCUUUCUUCAAGAGUGCUGAAAAAUACUGUUAUAUCCAGAUUUUGUAUGCUGUAAAAACAGGUUUUGUUUCUGUUCAUCAAUCAUAGACUUGGCCAAGCACUGUGGAUUAGCAUCAGGCUUUAAAAUCAGAUGAAUGUUUGGUGAGCUGAAAACUGCCUCGCUAUCAAGAUCCCACGGAGCCAUUUUCCAGACCUGCAGUUGGUGAGAAAGCACAAUUCAUGAUUCUAAUUGAGAGCAAAUCUGAAAUUUGCUGGGGGGUUGGACAGCCCUGCCUUUCAUUUGGAGACUGCAGUAUAGUCGUUCUAGAGUUGGUUAGAAAUGGGGACAGAGGUCUCAUUUAUCCCAUGUAUGUGCUUUGGAUUAGAAUCUACUAAUUAGAUUGAGAUUUUGAUGAAUUUACACCAGUUUUAAUGAGAUUUAACGCCCAAAUGACUCUCUCUUGCAAAUCAAACAAUAGACAAAGUUGCUCACCAAUGCAGAAUACAUUUAAUCUACUUACCAAGUCUCAAAACAAAAUGUGAUAAUAAUUUAAGCCUAUAGUAUAGAAGAAAUCUUUUACAUGCUCAUUAUGCCUUGAUAUCUAUAAAAAACAUAAUUUAUAUUC